GGCAAAGGCCAUUGUGGGAAAAGGAAGCGAGAUGCGAUAAACAGAGGUUAAAAUAGGUCAAAAGCGCGUCUCGUGAGAGUAAGAUAGGGGAAAAAAAGGACCUAGAAAUUAAUAAACCCUUCCAUUACUACGGUGUAAUGUCUUGUCGGUACCUCUUUGAGGAGUGUCUUGAAGCCUAGUUUGGGGAGUACAGUCGACAAGUAUUCGCGGAGCUCUCUGUUAAAGCAGGUGACUGUAGUGGUCAGAGGUGUUUGCAUUAAUGUAUCUUGAUCAAGACCAUCUAAUACAGCUACUUGUGACUGGUGUGGUGAAAAGUUUCCAGGAGGGGGUUGCAGAAAUUGAAUGAGAGAAUAUCCUGUGUUCGAAGGGAACCACAAGAGUGAUGGAGUCCGGCUCCUGGUCUUGCACGGGACCCUCUCCAGGAGUCAUACCUUGAACCUGAGAGUUUUGCAAAACCCUCCUGAACUCUGUCAGGCUGGUGCUGUGACCACUUCCCUGAAGAGUGUGCUCCAGUGCCCAACUUCACCCAGCCCUCUGGGUGAAGAACUUUCUCCUGAUACCCAGCCUAAGUAUCCUCUGACACAGCUUCAGGCCAUGCCCUUGGGUCCUGUCAGUGGAUACCAGAGAGAAGAUAUCAGUGUCUGCCCUUCCUCUUCUCUCCUCGUGAGGAAGCUGUACACUGCUGUAAGGGUUUUGAAGCUUUUUAAGUUGUUACACAGAACACGGCAAGUAGUUUUUAAAAAUGAUACCAAAGCCCUUGAAGCUGCAAGACAAAAGAUAAAUGAAGAAUUCAGAAAUAACCGAGAUGAGACAUCUGAAGAGAAGAUUAGUGAGCUCCUGAAAAUAGCUUCAGAUGUUGAAGUGAUUCUCAGAACUUCUGUUAUUCAGGCGGUUCACACAGAUUCUGACAAAAUAGUACUCAUACCCAGGAAAGAUCUGCUACAGGACAACACUCCUUACUUAGAUAAACCAACAAAAAAGCAAGAAUCCUGAGGAAGUAUUGUUAAGAGGAAAAAAGCGACUGAAAUCAACUCACUGAUUCUAUUGAGUGCUGGGAUAUCAUCAUGCACUUGUUCUGUGGAAGAUAGUAAUACUUUCACAGAACUUAAAAGUACACUGCUGAAUUGUGUUACUUCAGCCAGAAUUUUUUCUGAUUAUGACAGCUAUCAGACAGAGAUUGUUUCCCACCAAGCCAGAGUUUUUCAAAGCUAUAUAAAAAUUAAAUGGAGUACUUAAUACAUAUAAUAUUUAUUUUUAAGUUUAUUGGCAAUCAUAGGCUUCUUUGAAGUAAUGAAAAAUCAUCUUAUGGCAUUUAAUGUUAAAUUUAUGCUUUGUAUCACAAGCAUGAUUUCUGAAGUUGUCGUUAAUUGUACACUAGUAUACUGUGAUACUCUCUGUUUGAGAGAGUUCUUAAAGGUUUAUCUGAAUAAAUUAUUUGUGUUUUACAGA